AUUCGUCGAGAUUCUGUUGCGUUUAUCAUAAUUGUAUAUCCGUAUCUGAUACUGCGCCGGGUAGGAAUAGCUCUCUUUCACUGUGGGUUUCAGUCAGUAAUGGAACAUUAGGAGGCCGAAAGACUAAAACUUUGAAGGUUUUUGAAGGUAGGUGUGUAGGAAUUAGGAAGAAAACGGAAAGAAAAAAUGUGGGUGUCUGCCAGAAUGUGAUGAACUCCUCCAUGGAGGGUCUGAAGAAUGAGAUUUCUUCAGAGGAAGUGUUUGAGAUUCUCAAGUCGUUUUCAGACCCGAGUGAAGCCGUUCGUCUGUUUAAUUCUGUUCUUGAGCUUCCUAGGGUGGUGCACACCACGGAAACAUGUAAUUACAUGCUUGAGUUUUUGAGGACUCAUGGGAGGGUCAAUGAUAUGGCUAUGGUGUUUGAUGUAAUGCAAGAACAGGUUAUCAAUAGGAAUCUGGACACAUAUCUGACUAUAUUCAGAGGUCUACAUGUACGCGGAGGGAUGAGAAUGACACCAUUUGCCCUUGAUAGGAUGAGAGGAGCAGGUUUUGUGUUAAAUGCGUAUUCCUAUAACGGCUUGAUAUACUUACUUCUUCACGCUGGAUUGCAUCGGGAGGCUUUAAAAGUAUAUAGAAGAGCUAUUUCAGAAGGCAUUAAGCUGAACCUUAAGACUUACUCAGCUUUAAUGGUUGCUUAUGAGAAAAGAAGGGAUAGUGUGACGGUCAUGAAUUUGUUAAACGAGAUGUUUAUCGCGGGAUUGAAACCUAAUUUUUACACCUUUACCAUCUGCAUUAGAGUGCUUGGGAGAGCCGGAAAAAUUGAUGAGCUCUAUACUAUAUUAAAGCGAAUGGAAAGCGAGGGGUGUGCACCUGAUGUUGUUACUUACACAGUCCUUAUUGAUGCUCUAUGUGUUGCUGGAAAACUUGAUGCCGCUAAAAAAAUUCUCAUUAAGCUGAAAUCCCUUAACCAUAAACCUGAUCGAGUAAUGUAUAUCACACUGUUGGGCAGGUUUAGUGACUUAGGGGACUUGGAUUCUGUUAGGGAAUUUCUUGACAGGAUGGAAGCCGAUGGUUACGAACCGGAUGUUGUUACAUUCACUGUACUGAUUAAAGCAUUGUGCAAAGUUGGGAAGGUCGAUGAAGCCUUUUCAACAUUAGAUGUUAUGAGAGAGAAGGGAGUAUCACCUAAUCUUCAUACUUACAACUCACUGAUUGGUGGCCUUCUAAGAAUCAACAAGUUGAAUGACGCGUUACUACUGUUAGAUAGCAUGGGGUCUUUCGGAAUCCAAGGUAAUUGUUUCACGUAUGUCCCCUUCAUUGACUACUAUGGAAAAGUUGGAGAUCCUAAUAAAGCACUUCAAACAUUUGAGAAGAUGAAAGCUCAAGGAAUUGUGCCAAAUCUAGUCGCUUGCAAUGCUUCUCUGAAUAGCCUGGUGGAUUCGGGCAGAUUCAGGGAGGCUAAAAGUGUAUUUGAUGGGAUAAGAAGAAGUGGACUUGAUCCAGAUAUUAUAACUUAUAACAUCAUGAUGAAGUGCUACAGAAGUGCAGGGAAAGUUGAUGAAGCCGUUCAUUUGCUACAUGAGAUGAUGGAGAAUGAAUGUCGGCCUGAUGCAUUUAUAGUUAAUUCAUUGAUCGACAUACUUUACAAGGCUGGUCGAGCUGAUGAGGCUUGGGAAGUGUUUAAUAGAAUGAAGGAUAUGAGACUUGUCCCUACAGUUGUGACCUAUAACACACUAUUGGCUGGACUUAGCAAGCAAGGUAAAGUUCAGGAGGCUUUUGAAUUAUUUGAGAGCAUGAUGAGUACACAGGGAUGCUCUCCUGACACAACAACUUAUAAUACUCUUCUGGAUUGUUUUUGCAAGGCCAGCGAGGUCGAUAGAGCCAUGAAGAUGCUUUAUGAGAUGACACAAACAAAUUGCAAUCCUGAUGUUUUUACUUAUAACACUGUCAUUCAUGGAUUGGCUAAAGAGAGCCGGGUUCGUGAAGCAUUUUGGCUCUUCAAUCAGAUGAAGAAAAUUGUUCAGCCUGAUCGUGUAACGAUUUCCAUUAUUGUUCCUAGUCUUGUAAAAGAUGGCUCCAUUGAGUAUGCUCUUAAAAUUAUAGGGGAUUUCAUUUGGCAAAUGCCACAUCGAGCAGAUGACGAUUUCUGGAGAAGUCUUUGCGAGGGAUUUAUGAAUAAAGCAAAACCAGAAGACUCCAUAUUGUUCAUUGAAAUGCUGGCGUCUAAGGGUAUUUGCAAAAGUGACGCGAUUAUAGUACCUUUAAUAAUAUUUCUGUGUAAGCAAAAGAAAGCUCUUGAUGCUCACUCUGCCUUUGUAAAGUUUACAAAAUCGUUUGGAAUCCGUCCAACAUUAAACUCAUAUCACCCUUUGAUUGAGGGACUUCUUGAUUGUCGUCUUUCAGAGCUGGCAUGGAGUGCUUUUGCAGAGAUGAAGAACAAUGGCUGCGCCCCAAAUGUCUUCACAUAUAACACAUUGCUUGGCCAUCUUGGAAAGACUCGAAAUAUGGACGAAGUUUUUGAACUGUAUGAAGAAAUGCUUCAGAGAGAAUGCGAACCCAAUCCUACAACUUACAACAUACUUAUCUCUGGUCUGGUGAAGUCAGGUAAGCUAGAGAGAGCACUAGAUAUUUAUCAUGAUCUCGUCAGUGGUGGCUUUUCUCCCACCCCCUGUACUUAUGGUCCUUUGAUAGAUGGCCAUUUGAUGGCUAGAAAUUUUGAUGCGGCAACGAAUUUAUUUGAGGAAAUGAUGAACUAUGGUUGCAAACCUACCUCUGCCAUCUACAAUAUCGCCAUAAAUGGGUUUGGAAAGGCAGGCGAUUUAGAAACUGCUUGCCAUCUGUUUGAGAAGAUGAUCAGAGAAGGCAUCAAACCAGAUUUAAAAUCCUACACCAUUCUUGUGGAUUGCCUUUCCUUGGCAGGAAAAGUGGACGAAGCCGUGCGUUACUUUGAGGAAAUGAAAUCGUCGGGCAUUGUUCCUGAUUUAGUUUCAUACAAUCUUAUGAUCAAUGGCCUCGGGAAGGCAGGGAAGUUUGAGGAAGCCUUGAGUCUUCUUGAUGAGAUGCAAACCAGAGGAGUUGCUCCCAACCUCUAUACAUAUAACUCUUUAAUCAUCAAUCUUGGAAUCAUUGGAAGGAUGGAAGAGGCAAGCGAAGUGUAUGAAAAACUUCAGAGUCUGGGUCUUGAGCCUAAUGUAUUCACAUAUAAUGCUCUGAUCAAAGGGUAUACCGUGUCGGGUGAUCUUGAUCGAGCAUAUGCAGUCUAUGGAAGAAUGAUAGUUAGUGGGUGUUGUCCUGACAGAUGGACCAUUGCUCAACUACCAAACUCAUGACCGGAUUCUUUAUAUGCAAAUCGGUGGCUUAUUCAAUGCAUUGUCUUUGUGCCAUCAAAGAUUCGAAGGACCUUUUGGCACUAUGUAAAAGG